AGCCAGAGAACAGAGAGAGAGAGAGAGAGAGAGAGAGACGAGGGGUUCACUGAGGAAGAAUGGCUACAGAGGAAGAGAGCGCGGUAAAGGAGCCGUUGGAUCUCAUCAGGCUCAGCCUGGACGAGCGUAUCUACGUCAAGCUUCGUUCUGACAGAGAGCUUCGCGGCAAGCUUCACGCUUACGAUCAGCAUCUAAAUAUGAUUCUUGGAGAUGUCGAAGAAGUUGUCACUACUGUUGAAAUUGAUGAUGAGACAUAUGAAGAGAUUGUCAGGACUACCAAGCGAACAGUUCCUUUCCUGUUUGUAAGGGGAGAUGGGGUGAUAUUGGUUUCCCCACCACUGAGGACUGCAUGAUGGGGACUGAUGAACUGUAAUCAUUAUAAGCUUUUGACACCUCUGUGUAAUAGUCCUUUCCGCUUAUAAUGAGAUUAGUUGCGAUACUGGUAUGUUUAUUCCUGAUUUUUAUUAGAAACAUGAGGAUCAUGAAUAUAGUUGAACAAGCUUCUAUGGUGAUGUGUAGAGCUGGCUUCACUUGCAAUUGGCUCUCAAGAUUCUGAAUGUGGUGCCAUUCCUUUAUAGCUUGUCACAUGCUACAGAGACUGUCGUGCGUGAUUUGAUGAUGGAUAUAGGAAAACUGAUAAUUAUCAAGCGUAAUGGUAACCUUGUCUUGUUAUGACUUCUUUUUUCAGUUGUUU